UUUGGAGUCCGGAUGAGAGAGAGAAAGAGCAGGUCUAGAGAGAGAAAGAGCUCUUGAUGAUUCAGCACCCCCUCUUCUUCUGAUUCUCUUCCUUUUUGCUUUUUCUCCUACAGAUCUCCCCCAUUGCUCACUCUCACCGUUUUUUUUCUUUUUUUUUCCAUUUUCCUUGGGGUGUUUUACCCGUCAAGCCUGGAUUUUCCCGGAAAUGAGCGCUGAGAUCUUGGUUGUCUUUCUUUGAAGCUGUGGAGCUCCGAUCAGCUAUUGGUUUCUGAUUAUCUACGUUCUCUUUGCGGGCAGGUUUGUCUUAGAUCUAACCGCCAGCCAUAAGUUGAAUAUAAUUCAUCGGAGGAUUUUUCUGGAGAGAGAUAAUUCACCUGCUUGGAAGUGAUUCAUCUGCUGUUUUAGUGGCUUAAAUGUCGUUCCGCAGCAUAGUUCGUGAUGUGAGGGAUGGGUUUGGCAGCUUAUCUCGGAGGAGUUUUGAUGUCAGGUUGCUGGGGCAUAGUAGGGGGAAAUCUAUUGGUUCAUUUCACGAGAUGCAUGAUCAGCCUCUGGUAAUUCAAAAUAGCCGUUGGGCUAACCUGCCUCCAGAGCUGCUUUAUGAUAUUAUUAAGAGGCUGGAGGAGAGUGAGAGUACAUGGCCAUCUCGAAAACAUGUUGUUUCAUGCGCUGCUGUUUGCCGGUCAUGGAGGACUAUGUGUAAAGAAAUUGUUAGAAGUCCAGAGUUUUGUGCCAAACUUACCUUUCCAGUGUCCCUGAAGCAGCCAGGGCCACGUGAUGGGACUAUCCAAUGCUUCAUCAAAAGGGAUAAAUCUAACUUAACUUACCACCUUUUUCUAUGUCUUAGCCCUGCUUUGCUAGUUGAAAAUGGGAAGUUCCUUCUUUCUGCAAAAAGGAAUCGCCGGACAACUUGCACAGAGUAUGUUAUCUCCAUGGAUGCUGAGAACAUUUCAAGGUCAAGCAGCACUUACAUUGGAAAACUGAGGUCGAAUUUCCUUGGAACAAAAUUCAUAAUAUAUGACACACAGCCUCCACAUACCUGUGCACAUAUUCCUCCUCCAGGGAGAACAAGCAAAAGAUUUUAUUCCAAGAAGGUCUCGCCAAAAGUUCCAACUGGCAGCUACAACAUUGCCCAUAUCACUUAUGAACUAAAUGUGCUGGGCACCCGUGGCCCACGGCGGAUGCAUUGCACUAUGCACUCAAUCCCGGCCUCAUCACUAGAUGCAGGAGGAAGUGUUCCAGGUCAGCCAGAGCUCCUUCCCCGUGCUCUUGAAGACUCGUUCAGGAGCAUCUCCUUCUCAAAUUCACUGGACCACUCUGUUGAGUUCAGCAGCUCUCGAUUUUCCGAGGUUUGUGGACCAUGUGAUGACGAAGAGGGAAAAGCGAGGCCCUUGGUUCUUAAAAACAAGGCUCCAAGAUGGCACGAGCAAUUACAAUGCUGGUGCCUGAACUUCCGGGGGCGAGUAACAGUUGCAUCAGUGAAGAACUUUCAGUUGAUUGCAGCCACACAGCCAGCCGCCGGUGCACCCACGCCAUCUCAACCAGCCCCACCAGAGCAUGACAAGAUCAUUCUCCAGUUUGGAAAAGUCGGGAAAGACAUGUUCACUAUGGAUUAUCGCUACCCUCUGUCUGCCUUUCAGGCAUUUGCCAUCUGCUUGAGCAGCUUUGACACCAAAUUAGCUUGUGAAUAGGAGGGGGAAAAAGAUAAUAGACAAAAAGAUGGUGAGAAAAGCAGAGAAAUGCUAUGUUUUCUUACUCAUUCUGUCUUUUCUUUUUCUUUUUUUCCUUUUUUUUUUUUUUUUUGGGUUUGCUUCAUCUAAUUUGUAUUGCCACUAGGAUAGGAGAUUGUUGUUAAAAUGUUAUUCUGUUGCUGUAAACUCAAUUGUAACUGAAUCGGCCGAGAUAACCGGUAUCACACAAUUGUAAAACUCAGUCUUCUCGUCUGCCUUUCUUUUUGUCAUUUAUCAUGAAAUUUAACUGCAUUCUAAACCUUCUGAAUC